AUUGAGAGGCCCAUUUGAACAACAUUCUACAUUCAUCAUUUCAUUCACCAACACCAUUCGUAUACAGACCGGAUCAACCCGAAUAAUAAACCGGAGCAUCCCACCAUAAUUUCUCUUCUUCCCCUUCAACUCCACACACACCAACACUCUCCCCACUCAAAUCAAUAGACCCAAAGAUCAAUCGGAGAUUCAGAUUCCUGCAACGAUCCGACAGCACCCCUCAAAUCCCACGGGAACGCCGUAACACAAUCUCAUAUAUAUAUAUAUAUAUAUAUAUAUAUAGAGAGAGAGAGAGAGAGAGAGAGAGAGGAAGAAGAAGAAGAAGAAGAAGAAGAAGAAGAAGAAGAAGGAAUCGGAAGAAAAAUGGGGCUGGGCUUGUUAGCUUCAAAGGCCAUGAGACCCACCUCAAGGCUACUCAAUUCUCAAAACCCUAGGAACAUCUUCAUCCGCACCGUUGUCUCCAGGCCCGAGCUCCAAAAGCCCGAAGCUGCCCAGGCCCAGGCCCCUCCCCCGGAUCUUCCGCCCCGGACCCCGUUGCCGGCGCUAUGGUACACUUCCCUAACCCGGAGGACGCCAUCGAGGUGUUCGUGGAUGGGUACUCGGUGAAAAUCCCCAAGGGCAUGACCGUCCUUCAGGCCUGCGAGGUUGCCGGCGUCGACAUUCCCCGCUUCUGUUACCACAGCCGCCUCUCCAUUGCCGGUAACUGCCGCAUGUGUCUUGUCGAGGUCGAGAAGUCUCCCAAGCCUGUUGCUUCUUGCGCCAUGCCUGCCCUUCCUGGAAUGAAAAUUAAGACCGACACACCUGUUGCAAAGAAAGCUAGAGAAGGAGUGAUGGAGUUUUUAUUGAUGAACCAUCCACUAGAUUGCCCAAUUUGUGAUCAAGGUGGGGAAUGUGAUCUUCAGGAUCAGUCAAUGGCUUUUGCUUCUGAUCGUGGUCGGUUCACUGAAAUGAAGAGAUCUGUGGUAGAUAAGAACCUUGGACCUUUGGUGAAGACUGUGAUGACUCGUUGCAUUCAAUGUACAAGGUGUGUUAGGUUUGCAACAGAGGUUGCUGGGGUUCAGGAUCUUGGCAUGUUAGGUCGUGGCAGUGGAGAGGAGACUGGGACAUAUGUUAAGAAACUUAUGACAAGUGAACUUUCUGGAAACGUGAUAGAUAUCUGUCCUGUUGGAGCACUCACGUCGAAACCUUUUGCCUUUAAAGCCCGAAUUUGGGAAUGAAGGGAACAGAAAGCAUUGAUGUUACUGAUGCCGUUGGAUCCAAUAUUUUGACAGCAGAGGACCUGAAGUCAUGCGUAUUCUCCCUCGUCUAAAUGAGGUGGUUUCAUAGAGAAGGGGUCUUCCGAAAAGAACUAUCCCGGAAAACUCACUUUCAGAGUCUUCAUAACAUGUGUCACCGCUGCAUUUGGAGGUCUUAUCUUUGGAUAUGACUUGGGCAUUUCAGGUGGAGUCACCUCCAUGGAUCCUUUUUUGAAGAAAUUCUUCCCUGAUGUGUACGCAAAGGAGCACAACAUUAAGCCCACUGAUAACCAAUAUUGUAAAUUUGAUAGCCAAGUGCUCACACUCUUCACUUCCUCUCUCUAUUUGGCUGCUCUUGUGGCCUCAAUCUUUGCAUCCAAGGUAACUCGAGCCUUCGGUAGGCGCCUCACCAUGAUCUCCGGCGGUGUUCUCUUUCUCGCCGGUGCAGCUUUGAACGGCUUCGCCCAGCAAGUUUGGAUGCUUAUUGUUGGCCGCAUGUUGCUAGGUUUUGGAAUCGGAUGCGCCAAUCAGUCUGUGCCGAUCUACGUAUCCGAGGUUGCUCCAUACAAAUACAGAGGAGCACUUAACAUGUUGUUUCAAUUGGCAAUCACCAUUGGCAUUUUUGUUGCCAAUAUUCUGAACUACCUUUUUGCCAAGAUGGAGAACGGCGAAGGGUGGCGCUAUAGCUUAGGUUUGGCAGGAGUCCCUGCAAUAAUGAUCAUCAUCGGUGCAAUGUUUCUUCCUGACUCACCAAACUCGUUGAUCGAGCGUGGACAAGCUGAGAAGGCCAAGGAGGAACUAAUCAAGAUUCGUGGAACCAAUGAUGUUGACGAGGAGUUUAAGGAUCUUGUUGCUGCCAGUGAAGCCUCCAAACAGGUCAAGCAUCCUUGGUCUUCUUUGCUCAAAAGUGAGUACAGGCCUCACCUCACCAUGGCCAUAGCCAUUCCCUUCUUCCAACAACUCACUGGCAUGAAUGUCAUCACAUUCUAUGCUCCUGUUUUGUUCAAAACUAUUGGCUUUGGUGGAACUGCUUCCCUUAUGUCUGCCAUGAUUACCGGAGGUUGUAACGCCCUUGCCACCCUUGUUUCCAUCUUUACCGUUGACAAGGUUGGCAGACGAAAGCUUUUUCUCGAAGGUGGUGCUCAAAUGUUUAUCUGUCAGCUUGUGAUCGCAGCUGCAAUAGGUAGCAAAUUUGGAAUAGAUGGAAACCCUGGAGUUCUUCCCAAGUGGUUUGCCUUAACUGUUGUGGUAUUCAUAUGUAUCUACGUGGCGGGAUUUGCAUGGUCGUGGGGUCCACUAGGAUGGUUGGUACCCAGUGAAAUAUUCCCGCUUGAAGUUCGAUCGGCAGCUCAGAGCGUCAACGUUUCAGUUAAUAUGAUCUUCACCUUUGCCAUUGCCCAAGUUUUCACUGCGAUGUUGUGCCAUAUGAAGUUCGGGCUCUUCAUCUUCUUUGCAUUCUUUGUGAUUGUUAUGAGUAUCUUUAUCUACAAGUUCUUGCCAGAGACAAAGGGUGUUCCCAUUGAAGAAAUUUCUCUUGUGUGGGAGAAUCAUCCAUAUUGGAACAAAUUCGUCAAGUCUUCUGCUCAAAAGAACAAAAUUGCUGCUCCAGAUUCUCAAGUUUAGGAUUCCAUAAUAAUUAAUUAAAUAGUAUGUUUUUUUUUUUUUUACCAAAGAUAGGAGACUCAAACCUGUUAAUUGAGUAUGUGGAGAUUAUGCCAUUCGAACUAUAUCUAAUUGGCUAAAUAGUAUGUCUAUUA